AUGAGUUCCCUCCGUUUCCUUGACCUGGUCAAGCCGUUCGUGCCGUUCCUCCCUGAGGUUCAGCAGCCGGAGACCAAGAUUCCCUUCAACCAGAAGAUCAUGUGGACUGCCCUGACUCUCCUCAUCUUCCUGGUCAUGAGCCAGAUGCCUCUCUACGGCAUUGUCUCUUCCGACAACUCCGAUCCUCUAUACUGGCUGCGUAUGGUCAUGGCCAGUAACCGAGGAACUCUGAUGGAGCUGGGUAUCACCCCCAUCAUCUCCUCCGGUAUGGUCUUCCAGCUCCUCGCCGGCACCCACAUGAUCGAUGUCAACCUCGACCUCAAGUCCGACCGCGAACUCUACCAGACUGCCCAGAAGCUUCUGGCCUUCAUUCUCUCUGCCGGUACCGCCACCGUCUACGUCUUCUCUGGUCUCUACGGUCCUCCUGGUGAUCUUGGUGCUGGUAUCGUCUUCCUCCUGAUCCUCCAGCUCAUUGUUGCCGGUAUGAUUGUCAUUCUCCUCGACGAGCUCCUCCAGAAGGGAUACGGUCUUGGCAGUGGUAUCUCUCUGUUCAUUGCCACCAACAUUUGCGAGUCCAUCAUGUGGAAGGCUUUCUCCCCCACCACCAUCAACACUGGUCGUGGCCCUGAGUUUGAGGGCGCCGUUAUCGCUCUCUUCCAUCUUCUCUUCACCUGGCCCAACAAGCAGCGUGCUCUUCAGGAGGCUUUCUAUCGCCAGAACCUCCCCAACAUCAUGAACCUGCUCGCCACCAUCCUCGUCUUCGUCGCCGUCAUCUACCUCCAGGGUUUCCGUGUCGAGAUCCCCGUCAAGUCUUCCCGCCAGCGUGGUGCCCGCGGCUCUUACCCCGUCCGUCUCUUCUACACCUCCAACAUGCCCAUCAUGCUGCAGUCCGCUCUGUCUUCCAACGUCUUCCUCAUCAGCCAGAUGCUCUACUCUCGCUUCUCUGAGAACCUCCUCGUCCGCCUUUUCGGUGUCUGGGAGGCCAAGGACGGUUCCGCUCAGCUCCACGCCAUCUCUGGUCUCGUCUACUACAUGUCGCCCCCUCUCAACUUCAAGGACGCUCUCCUCGACCCCAUCCACACCGUCACCUACAUUGUCUACAUGCUCGGUGCCUGCGCUCUCUUUUCGAAGACCUGGAUCGAGGUUUCUGGCUCCAGCCCUCGCGAUGUCGCCAAGCAGCUCAAGGACCAGGGUCUCGUCAUGGCCGGUCACCGUGACCAGAGCAUGUACAAGGAGCUCAAGCGCAUUAUCCCCACUGCUGCCGCUUUCGGUGGUGCCUGCAUUGGUGCGCUCUCCGUUGCCUCCGACCUCAUGGGCGCUCUCGGUUCCGGUACCGGUACUCUUCUCGCUGUCACCAUCAUCUACGGCUACUUCGAGAUCGCUGCCAAGGAGGGUGAUUUGUCUGGCAUGAAGGGCAUGAUCAUGGGCUAA